AUGGAGUUUUUGGGCAGAGGAUUAACAAUACGCUCGAUUAAUACUACAGAACUUGAGAAAAUGGUUUAUUGCAGCUCAACAAAUAUGAGCUCUCAAAACGAAUCGGAGGUGGAGAGUUUACUUAUGAGUCCAUGUUGGAAUUCUGGAACAAACGGACAAGAUUAUCUUCUCGAUGGUCACAAACUCCUUCUUGAUCAUGAUUUGGAAUCCCUUCCAAGUGAUUCAGAAACACAAAAGUCUUCUCUUGAUAUGUUGGAUAAUUUAUUAUCAAACUCAAACAACAUAAGUAGCAACACAAAUUUAGCCGAAUUAAAGCCACUGCCACCGUUUACCGGCUAUACGGGUCAUCUGUCAAUUAAUGGUAUCUCUGGACAUCAUUAUCAUGCAAUUGCGCAGAGAAUGCCCGAAGAGAACAACAAUAAUUACACACAAAGUUCGUAUCAAAAUCAAUGUGGAACAAAUAAUAACACUACCGAUCACAACAUCGUUUCAUCGUCAACAUGCCUGCCAGAUUCCGUUUUAAAUCCCGAUGGUGCUGAUUCAUGUCUAUCUGAUGUGAAACUUUUUUCUGAUAACUCAAUCGAUGGUAAAAUCUACUCAAUCACAUCUGCUGACAGUUGUGUCAUCACAUCAGGUCCAGAUUCAGUUUCCAAUGGAAAUCAACAUAACAACAUAAAUGGCGCAAGAAUAUUUGUUGAUGCUAAAGAACUUGCUGAAUAUGAUAUGAGUUCGAUUGAAGACAUCGCUGCAAUUAUUGGAUCAGCAAUUGCCGAUACAACAGUACCAAAUAACCGUAGUGACAAUGGUGAAAAUGGAGGUGACACAAGAGACUCGUGGAUGGAUCUUGAUGCAUGGAUUGAAGAUACAGUUGUGCCUCAAGAUAGCAAACUUAUUGUAUCACAUAACGAUGCAUUAAAUGACUUCAUUCUGCCACAUUCGCCAAUGCAAUCAACGGGUUCUACUCUGCAAAGUCUUUUAACACACGGCUACAUGCCACUCUUACAAAAUCGACUUCAAAAUGGACCACCGAUAAAAAUCGAAGCUCCAACAUCAACAUCGUACUGUAAUGAAAUUAUCUCAACUGUGUCAUCGAAUGGUGGUAAUAGCCACCAGCAACAAAUGCAGCAACAAGUACAAAAUCAGACAAACGUGUCAGUAUCAGCGCACGGUUUCCAAUCACCAAACGAUCUAAGUGGGUUACUUGGGAAGGAAAAGCCGGUGCAUCGGUGUACAAUCUGCAAUCGAGGCUUCUUAAAUAAAAGCAACAUCAAAGUCCAUCUGCGAACUCAUACAGGUGAGAAGCCUUUCCGUUGUGAAAUCUGUGCGAAAGCUUUCCGCCAAAAAGCUCAUCUGAUAAAACAUCAACAAAUUCACAAACGAAUUGGACGUGAUUGA